UUUUACAUGCAACUUGAGGAGCUGCCUUUGCACAUCUCCCUCAUUCUGUCCACGUUCUUAUGACCUGAUGGACUUUUGCCAUGUGGUAAGUCCAAUGUCUUAGAACUUCUAUUAUGUAACCAGCAACAUAACAUGAUAAAGUUUAAAAUAAUCCAUAUUGCAACGGACAUACUUUAGACAGCCUGACCAGCACCUGACCCACAGUGUCUGGUUUGCAGGAACCAGAGUGGCCUCUCAGAGAUUAUGCAAUAGCCCUGCAAUAGCACUUCAAUGAGCUCAGCAAUUCUGUACAAAUAACAUGUGGUCAAGGGCUAGACCAGGCAGCAAUUAACAAUUGCCCCAACCAUUACAGAGGAUUGAGAGGGAACAUGUCAUGCUGAAUCCCUGACAUCUGCAGUUACAGCAAUUCAGGCCUUUUCUCACUGGCAAAUUUCUGCCAGCAAAGUAGCUUUCUGCGUUGUAGCUCCUGAGGUAUACACACUGCCAAGCCACUGCGCAAUUCCAGCGCUAUUAAAAAAAAAAAAACACACCCCGACGAGAGGCGUACAGCUUUCUGUGCCGGGGCUACAGUGCAGUGGGGCCAGUGUAGAUAACCGGGUCAAUUGCAGCACUGCGAUUGGCCUCUGGGAAGUGUCCCACAAUGCUUGUUCUAGCCUCUCUGGUCAUCAGUUUGAACUCUACUGCCCUGCCCUCAGGUGACCAUCCGUCAGCCCCACCCCUUAAAUUCCUUGGGAAUUUUGAAAGUCCCCUUCCUGUUUGCUCGGUGACGUGUGCAGUGGUCUCAGCGCAUCUUUCCAGGUAACCAUGGCUGCUCCACGCACCAGAAGAUCUCCUGCUUGGAGCAAUGCCGAGCCGCUGGACCUCAUCAGCAUUUGGGGAGAGGAGGCUGUCCAGUCCCAGCUGCGCUCCACCCGUAGGAAUUAUGACAACUACGGACAGAUUUCACAAUGCAUGACAGAAAGGGGCCAUGACUGGGACAUGCUGCAGUGCAGGGUCGAAGUGAAGGAGCUGCGGAAUGCCUACCACAAGGUUCAGGAGGCAAACUGCCGCUCCAGUGCUGCGCCCACAAGCAGCCAGUUCUACAAAGAGCUGGACGCAAUACUCGGUGGUGAUUCCACCUCCACUGCAAAGGCCACUGUGGAUACUUCGGUAGCUCACGUGCCAGUCAACAGUGGACUGAGCCAGGAGGAGGAAAUCUUGGAUGAGGAGGGGGACCCUGAGGCAGAGGACAACUUGGAGGUCAGAGAUGCAUGCAGCCAGGAGCUCUUCUCUACCCCAGAGGAGGUUAGUCAAUCACAGCUGUUGGAGCCUGGCGAAGUGCAAACAGGAGGGGAGGGUCCUGAUAUGACCUUGAGAGCCCAGCCUCCGUCUUUGUUAUCACCGGCUGAAUGGCUGCGCAGAAUUAGAAAGUGGCCAUGAAGAACUAAAGAGGAC